AUGGUUUAUCAAAAUAUCAUCCAAAUAUACUACGUCAUCGUCCACCCACUGAAUGCCAAGGUCAUGAGUACGAAAGGCAAGACCAUCAAGCUGAUAGCGGUCAGCUGGCUGUUGGCCACUCUGCUUUCUCUACCCUACAUCUGCGCCCAUGUCUACCAUAUUACCAUCUCAAGUUACCUUGGAACUGUCUCAAGAAAAAAAAUUGACGAGGAAGAAAUAUUUUUGAAAAAUAAACAAAAAGAAAUAAGAUUACGAACAUCCAUGAUUAGGGCAAACAAUGAAGUUAAAAAUUUGAACGCCAUCACUGAUGUACAAAAGUUGGAAUUGGGAGUUGCCCAAAUGUCACAGGGUAGAGACGCCAAAAUUGGCAUAAAAACAUGGCAAAUCUGCAACGAUAGUUUUGACGAUCUUGACAGUUACAUUUUCGGCUGGGUUCAAGGCCAAGGUCGUAUCAGGAUGUGUUUCUUCAUCUUCCUCUUCAUCUGCAUGUACAUCGUGCCGAUUUUUGUGAUCGUGUACACGUGCGUACGUAUAUCCAUAGUAAUGCUCUUUGAUGUCCCACAACUUCAACUCAACAACACAAACAGGAUAAAGGCGGAGAAGAAUAAAAGAAAUGUAGCCUGCAUGGUAGCAGUAGUAGCCAUUUUCUUCCUCGUAUGCUGGACGCCAUUCUAUCUGGUCACACUUAUCAGUCAAAUCCAGAAGGUCAGUUUUCUGAAGAAGUCCAACUACCUCUUCAUAAUGCUCCUGACGCAUUUCUCUGGAUUUGUGAACAGUUCACUCAAUCCGUUCAUCUAUUUCGUUUUUAGUGCUAAUUUUAGGAAAGCUCUGAGGGCCUCUUUGUUCGGGAGAUGUGCAGAUAGAAGUGAGGGUGACGUGAAGAUCGUAAUGAGGAAAUGUGAGAGUACGAAAACUUAUGCCUGA